AUGGUCACAAACCCAGAAAAUACUCUCAUGGCAAAAGACAAUUAUGUCAAGUCUACUCUAUUUCUUCACCACCUCUGUCCUGACACAGGAAAACAGAACCUAUACAACAAGAAGAAGCUAUGUCAGCUUGAUGUUAAGAAAUACUGGAAUCAUUCAGAUGUGAAAAGCAGAGAAAUGCCAACAAGUGGAAACCAGACUUCUGUGUCUCACUUCAUCCUGGUGGGCCUGCACCACCCACCUCAGCUGGGAAUACCACUCUUCCUCGCUUUCCUGGUCAUCUACCUCCUUACGGUUUCUGGAAAUGGGCUUAUCAUUCUCACUGUCUUGUUGGACAUCCGCCUCCACCGCCCCAUGUACUGGUUCCUAUGUCACCUCUCCUUCUUAGACAUGACCAUUUCUUCUGCUAUUGUUCCCAAGAUGCUGGCUGGAUUUCUCUUGGAUAGUAGGGUUAUUUCCUUUGGAGGCUGUGUAAUCCAACUUUUUUCUUUCCAUUUUCUGGGCUGCACUGAAUGCUUUCUUUACACACUUAUGGCUUAUGACAGAUUCCUGGCCAUCUGUAAGCCUUUGCACUAUGCUACCAUCAUGACCCGCAGUGUCUGUAACUACCUGGCUUUUGGCACUUGGCUUGGAGGAACAAUCCAUUCACUUUUCCAAACAAGUUUUAUAUUCAGGCUUCCUUUCUGUGGCCCAAACAGAGUAGAUUACUUCUUUUGUGACAUUCCUGCCAUCCUCCGUCUAGCCUGUGCUGACACUGCCAUCAAUGAGCUGGUCACCUUUGUGGACAUUGGCUUCCUGGCCCUCACAUGCUUCAUGCUCAUCCUCACUUCCUAUGGCUACAUCGUGGCUGCCAUCUUGAGAAUCCGGUCUGCAGAUGGGCGUCGCAAUGCCUUCUCCACUUGUGCAGCCCACCUCACUGUUGUCAUUGUGUACUAUGUGCCCUGCACCUUCAUUUACCUUCGACCAGGUUCACAGGAACCUCUAGACGGGGUGGUAGCUGUCUUCUACACGGUCAUCACCCCCUUGCUUAAUCCCAUCAUCUACACACUCCGCAACAAAGAGAUGAAGGCAGCAUUACGAAGGCUGAGUGGGCUCAAGGAAGUGCAGCCCCACUGA